GUACCCGUAAACUCAUAUAUAGAUCUUCCCAGGCCACAAAUUUCUCUGCAAAUCGGUUUUUUUUCAUUGACCCAGAAAACAAAAUCGGUUUUUGAAAAGGCCCUUUUGAGGAAUUUCGAAGGCUCGAUCGGAGGAAAUCGCGGAUCGGAGAAAUCAAAUCAUGGAGUGUAGACCGUUGGAUCUGACGAUCAUAUCGGCGGAGGAUCUGAAGGAUAUUCAGAUGAUCGGGAAACAGGACGUGUACGCCGUCGUUUCGAUCAACGGAGACGCGCGUACGAAACAGAAAACUCCGGUGGACAAAGACUGCGGCACCAAGCCCAAGUGGAAGCAUCACGUGAAGCUCACCGUCGACGACACGGCGGCGCGUGAGAAUCGCCUCACGCUGGUCUUUCAGAUCAUCGCCGAUCGGCCGAUCGCCGGCGACAAAGUCAUCGGAGAGGUGAGUGUUCCGGUGAAGGAGCUCUUGGAUCAGAACUCCAAGUCCGGCGACGAAGAGAAGACGGUGACUUACGCCGUGAGGCUGCCGAAUGGGAAGGCCAAGGGAUCUCUAAAAUUCUCCUUCAAAUUCGGUGAGAAGUUUACCUACGGGCCCAAUGGGCCUAGUGUUGGCCCCAGCGCGCUGCCCGUUGACCAUAAGACCAUGGACCAGCCCGUCCAGGCCUACCCGCCCGGCCACGCUGCCCCGCCAGGUCCAUACGGUGGCAUGUAUCCUCCUUCCGCAGCCGGGCCGUCCGGGUAUCCGCCACCGGGUCAUGGCCAAGGCCACGAUGACAAACACGGGACCGCAUACGCAUAUCCACCACCCGGUGCAUAUCCACCGGCUCCAGGAUACCCUCCACCCGGUGGAUACCCACCACCUCCGCAACACGGAUAUCCCGGAUACCCGCCUGCUCCCGGAUACGGAUAUCCGGGUUACCCGGCCCCGGGCCCAUACGGUUAUCCGCAGCAAGUGGUUCAAGGGAAACCACAAAAGCCCAAGAAGCAUGGAUCUUCAGGACUUGGGCUUGGUCUUGGGCUUGGAGCUGGGCUUUUGGGUGGGUUGCUUGUGGGAGAGGCCAUUUCUGACGUGGCAGAGACGGCUGAUGACUUUGGUGGCGAUUUCGACUUUUAAAUAAUGUUUCCUUUUUUUCUUUCUUUAUUUCUGCUGCAAAACAAAAAUGGAAAUUAAUGUUUUUUUUCUCAUUCUCUAUUUCAUGUAAUUUCCUUUGGUGCUGUUUAUGAUAUUUUUAUUUUAUA